ACAUUUAGAUGGAACUGAUAUUGAUCGAUAUGGAAGGAAUUGUCAAAUAUUUGUGUAUAUACGAGUUGUGAAAGAAUUUGAUAUAGGGAUAGGAAUCGAUUUUCAAUCCAAAAUCGAUUCUCGAGCACUUGAAGUUGUACUUUGA